UAUGUUUGUUGACAUUGGUGUUGAAAACGACAUCAAGUCAAACCGUAGAUUCGAUGGCAUAAAGAUUGCGAGUGAAUAUCUAUCGCGAGCAACAUUGUGCCCGAUAUUUUUAGAUUUAGUAAUCCCGCUGGAAAUGGUAAAAACCAGAAUGAUAUCCAAAAGUUGUCCAGGUUGUGAAUUACAGGUAGCAAUCGCUUCCAAACGGUGCUCCUGUGGGUAUGUGUUCAAUGGGCGACAAGCCAAUAGCGCCUAUAACCCUCCUGCCUCGGUAGGCCGACCUAAAGGCAGCAAGAAGGGAAAACCAACGGUUGCGGAAACUCGCAAAGCGGCCGCCCUUGCCACAUCUUCACAGGUUCAACGGCGAAGGACUGGCCGAGUGAGAAGAGAGAAACCCAACUAUUAUGAUUCGCUGCAGUACGAAAAGAAGAAGAAGAAGCAUAAGAAACAUUCGCGGUCUGCUCUUUUCAAGGGUAAAGAAGGGAAACAAACACAGCUGAUUAGUACUAAGGAAACACAAGUUUCUCGAGCAAAUAGGCAUGCUCAAAGAAGAGCGAAGAAGGAAGAAAUCGAUGGCGGGGGAGAUCUGGCGGCCAAAUUACCGCUAGAAAAACAGGAAAUCGCUGCAUUAAUUUUAUCCGAGAUUAAUCGGAAAAUGGGCUCAGUCGUGUGGAAGCAACCCUGAAGAUGACGUUUUUUUUAAUUUUAUUUUAGUGCAUACUGUAUAAAUUUGUAAAAACUGUAAUGAGAUAUAUGCGAUGAUUAUUUAAAAUAUAAACAAUGAUUGUGUAUAUUAUACUAGCUGAAA